CUCCACUAAGAACAGAGUUUUCCUAUAUCCGGUCUCUGCUGCGUUAGCCAGGCAACAGGAAUGACAGCACAUUGUCGGAAGAGGAUGAAGAUGAGAGUGAUGUUGAAGAUGGAGAUAUCGCCUUGUUGAAUACAGAACAUUUUUCCAACAGUAUUAGCAAGAUGCAGGCAGGCUGCUUUGGCCAUUCUCCAUGACGACUGGGUUCACUGGCCACAGCAUGAGGCUGCAGGAAGACGACUCAUUGGAGUGUGACUUCUCUUUCAACGCAACACUUCUUUCUUUUUACACUCAGAUAUUCUCCCCUGUGUGAACAUGAACAUCACAAGGCAGCGCAGCGGUCAGACCGAUGAGCAAAGUUAAAACUACAGUGUCCUCACUGAAAAAAAGAAUAUCAUCCCCGCAGAAAUGAUGCAAUUUGGUCUGUUUUAUUUGCACCUACUUGGAUGCACUAGCGUCAUGUCCACCUACGGGCCCCAUCAACGAGCACAGAUGACUGGCGAUAUUUUGCUCGGAGGCCUCUUCCCCAUUCACUUUGGGGUCGCAUCUAAAGAACAAGACUUGGCAGCACGGCCUGAGUCCACACAAUGUGUCAGGUUUAAUUUCCGUGGUUUCCGUUGGCUGCAAGCUAUGAUUUUUGCAAUUGAUGAGAUCAACAACAGCAGCACUCUCCUGCCCAAUAUCACAUUAGGCUAUAGGAUCUUUGACACAUGCAAUACAGUGUCAAAGGCACUGGAAGCCACUCUCAGUUUUGUGGCCCAAAAUAAGAUCGACUCCCUGAAUUUGGAUGAGUUUUGCAACUGCACUGACCACAUCCCGUCGACUAUUGCAGUCGUUGGAGCUGCUGGUUCUGCUGUCUCCACAGCAGUGGCAAACUUAUUGGGACUGUUUUAUAUAUCACAGAUCAGCUAUGCAUCAUCCAGUCGCCUCUUCAGUAACAAGAACCAAUACAAAUCCUUCAUGAGAACCAUUCCUUCCGAUGACUACCAGGCCACGGCUAUGGCAGAUGUAAUCGAGUACUUCCAGUGGAACUGGGUCAUUGCUGUGGCCUCAGAUGAUGACUACGGACGACCCGGUAUAGAAAAGUUUGAGAAAGAGAUGGAGGAGAGAGACAUCUGCAUUCACCUGAAUGAACUCAUCUCUCAAUACAUGGAGGACCACGAAAUUCAAGGACUAGCCGACAGGAUUGAAAACUCCAGUGCCAAAGUCAUCGUGGUGUUUGCCAGUGGUCCAGAUAUCGAGCCUCUAAUAAAGGAAAUGGUCAGGAGAAACAUCACAGAUCGUAUCUGGAUCGCCAGUGAAGCUUGGGCAAGCUCUUCCCUCAUUGCUAAACCCGAGUAUCUCGAUGUGGUGGCAGGCACAGUGGGUUUUGCCCUGAAAGCGGGACACAUACCACAGUUUAAAGAUUUUCUGCAACAAGUCCAACCAAAGAAAGACGGUCAUAAUGAAUUUGUCAGGGAGUUUUGGGAGGAAACUUUCAACUGUUAUCUCAAAGACAGUCCAAGGUUCCAAGAAAGUGACAACGGAAGCAAAAGUUUUAGACCUUUGUGUACUGGUGAGGAAGACGUCACCAGUGUGGAGACACCUUACCUGGACUACACCCACCUUCGUAUCUCCUACAAUGUGUAUGUUGCAGUUUAUUCCAUUGCAAAAGCCUUACAGGAUAUCCUCACCUGUACACCUGGACACGGACUUUUUGCAAACAACUCCUGUGCAGACAUAAAGAAAAUUGAAGCUUGGCAGGUUCUAAAACAGCUCCGACAUCUGAAAUAUACCAACAGUGCGGGAGAAAAGAUGCGUUUUGAUGAGAACUUUGACUUGGCAGCAAACUACACAAUAAUCAACUGGCACAGAUCUGCUGAAGAUGGUUCUGUGGUGUUUGAGGAGGUUGGAUAUUAUAAUAUUCAUUCAAAGAGGGGAGCCAAGCUGGUCAUUGACAAGACAAAGAUCCUCUGGAAUGGAUACUCUAUUGAGGUUCCAUUCUCCAAUUGCAGCGAGGAUUGUGAACCGGGCACCAGGAAGGGCAUCCUAGACAGUAUGCCCACUUGUUGCUUUGAAUGCACUGAGUGCUCAGAUGGAGAGUUCAGUAACCACAAAGAUUCCAGCAUUUGCACCAAAUGUCCCAAUAACUCCUGGUCCAGUGGGAACCACACCUUGUGCUUUUUAAAGGAAAUUGAGUUUCUGUCCUGGAAUGAACCAUUUGGGAUAGCUUUGGCCAUAUGUGCAGUACUUGGUGUUGUCUUGACAGCUGUUGUCAUAGGAGUGUUCGUCAAAUUCCGCAACACCCCCAUAGUGAAGGCCACAAACCGAGAGUUGUCCUACUUGCUCCUCUUCUCGCUUAUCUGUUGUUUCUCCAGCUCACUUAUCUUAUCCCGCUUACUUUAGUACUUACGGGAAGUUUGUUUCGGCAGUGGAGGUCAUUGCGAUUCUGGCGUCCAGCUUCGGGAUGCUGGCGUGUAUUUUUUUCAACAAGGUCUACAUCAUCCUAUUUAACUCCUCCAGGAAGAC